CAUUAAAAAAAAAGCGAGACGAAAAUAAAAUAAAAGCUUAUUACGUCCUUAUAUAUUUAUUUAAUGACACUCCAGUCUAAAUAAAUAAAUAAAUUUCUAUAAAAAAAAAAUUAUAAGACAGGUAAAAGUGGUUUAUUGUAUUUCAACCCAGAAAGAAAUUUGAACAGGGAAAAGUGAGUCACUCUAAAAAUAAAUAAACAAAAGUGCUAAAGAAGCUUAUACCGUAAAAAAUAAUAAGAAUAAAAAUUUUCGCAAGAAAGGUUACAAAAAGGAAGAAAGAAAAGUGGUGCAACCCAUUGUAAGUGAGUGAGUGAUUUAUAUCUCUUGUCGAGGAAAGGGGAAAAAGAAGCAAGUCAGAACUUGUCGACAAGGAAAAAUGAAGGAAAUAGCAGUAUUUAUAAUUGUUCUUGCGUCAGUUAUUACAUAUUCAUCAGCGCACAGUUGUUACGUCUGUGGAAAUGGGGCCGAUGAACCAUUCACAAGCCAGAACAGCAAGAACACAUCAAUUCCAUCAAGUUGUGACGAAUUCGAAAAUAGCAACGAAGCGACACCGCAUCCCAAAUUUAUUAGGGAAUGUCCACCCAACUAUUUCGGAUGUUCCCUCGAAAUAGAAGGUCGCCGAGUAAUCCGAACAUGCGAAACUCGCACAUUGAACGACACCAAGAUGGCUAACGGCGUCAUUUACUCUUACUGCAACUCGAAUUUGUGCAAUUGGAAGAAGGCAGAUGUCACACGACGCGAACAAAAGGCCAAAGACAAACAAGAAAAGGAACGAAAAAAGGUGAUUCUCCAAAGUCCUCCCACAGACGACGAGGAUUUGGACGAAGCCUCGGGCAUGGGUGACCCCAGUAAUUAUUCUGGAGAGCGACAACGUCAAUAUACCGUCAAACAUGCAAACAAUAACUACGGUGGCGGCGGCAAGGCGAAAGAGAUUAUGCAAAUAACGCUCGCACCUGCGACCGAGGCACUCAAUCACACGACACCGCGAACCGUGAUGGGCAGCAAUAGCGGUGCGAGUUCAAACGUGUUAUCAUUGGCACUUAUCUUGCUGGGAGUUAAUUUAUGGGCACUGCGACAAAGCACAACCGGAAGGACUUAAAUUUUUUUUUUGACAAAUGCAUGUGUUCCUCGCUACCAUAUAUACUUGUUUUGCACUCCAGACCGCAAAUAUAAUUUAUUUUCACUUGACACACGAAGAGUCACCCACAAAAUUACAACACGUGAAAAAUCCUAAUUAUUGUUAAAAUUUUUUUUUUUCGUGACACGAAUUAUGUUACAUCACAUAUAAUAUUGAGUGUGUUUGCAGAUUAAAAAAAACCGCAAAAAUGUUGGGGACUCUCAUUAAUUUAUUCGGUUUUAAAAACCUUUUUUUGGUACAUUUUCUGUCAAAAUGAAAUACAAAAAAAUAUAAUUAAUUUAUUAAAUAAAUA